AUUACAGCUUGCUUGUAAGCAUAGUACAUACUACUCCUCCACACAAAACGGACAAUGGCUGCUGAGGCUUCCUCACAGAUGUUAAAGACAGACCUUAGUUUCACAGAUGACCAGGAGAAAGGACUAUCUGGCAAAAAUCUCCAAAAAAAAUGUCUAAGAAGUACAUCUGCUGACAAGCUCAUCAGGAUUUAUUGCAACUUCUUAAUGAUUCUCUCCCUGUUUCUAACUGUGGUUGUACUCGCUAUUCUUUUAUCAGAGAGAAAGACAAAACUGGACAUAGAGCAUUCAGUCUAUGCUGUGUGCCCAGAGGGCUGGAUAGGAUUUGGAACGAGGUGUUUUUAUUUUUCUGAAGACAUAAGGAAUUGGACAUUCAGCCAGACCUUCUGUGCCUCAUUAGAAGCUGAACUUGCUCGAUUUGAAACCCUGGAAGAAUUGAAUUUCCUGAAACGAUACAAAGGCCCUUCUGACCAUUGGAUUGGCCUUAGCAGAGAAACUUCACAUCACGUUUGGAAGUGGACAGACAACACUGUGUGCAAUAUUUCGUUUCCCAUCAAAGGAGUUGGAGAAUGUGCCUACCUGAAUGACAAUGGAGUCAGCAGUGCCAGAACAUAUACAGACAGGAAAUGGAUUUGCAGCAAGCCAAACAGCUGUGCCAACAGCUGCCAGAUUAUUUCUCACUCUAUGUAGAAUUUUCCAAGGCACAUAUAAAAGAUGCAUUGUAAUUUGUUAUAUACAGUUGCUAUUUCUUUAUUUAAAAUUUUUUAUAUUUGGUUUUUGUUAGAGGUCACAUGUGCUCACAGGAAACAGAGAGAGAAAGAGAGAGAGAGAAAGUGCUAAUCACCUCCCCC